AUGACCACUCACUCAGUAGGCAACAAUGACGAGGAAUAUAAUGUAACUCCGGUUCUGAUUCAUCCUGAUGGUCAACCCAAGAGACUCGUCACCCACUUUACUCCUGCCUAUAGAGAAAGAGGCUCUGAGGAGCCUUAUCAGCCAAUUAUCCAUGACUUGUUCCCCAUCUUCGAUCUUGACAGCGGUGCGAAGCAAAUCUCGGAAGAAGAGGACCUUCCGGUGAAAUCCGCAAUGUUAUUGAAAGGCAAAGACUUGUUUACCGAGAAUUUUGUCAAGGAAACCUCAAAAUACGUCCAACGUUAUCGGGAAGCGAAAAGCAUUUGUGAUAAUCUUCGAACGGAGCUGGAACGGGAGCUGACUGCCUUGAGAAGAGAUCAAGCGAAACGGGACUUGUCAGUGAUACGUCAGUCUGGCAAUCUUGAAACGCAUGAUUCCGCCACCGGUAUGUCGCAGGACUUGUACGAUCGGGAGGCAGCGCUAGACGCGAAAAUGAAUUCGUGGUAUAGAGCAAAAGCCGGCCUCGAGAUGAUAGCUCAAGGAUUUUCCAGCGCAGUUGAAGCCAAUUGGAAUUCAAUCCAACCUCGUGAGAUCAGAUCGGAAACUCAAUUUAUCGAUCAUAUUUCGUCGAUGGCAAACGAAGGCUCUCCUGCCGAUCUGGCAAUCAGGGACGCGUGGGGUUGUUACAUCAAAGCUAGCGCUUACUUCACUCGAGCAAAUUCCUAUGUUCGUCUGAAUCAGCUCGAGGACAAGAUGAAUGAAUGCUCAACUGUAGUAGGUAAGCAGAGGAAGAAUAACAUGCUGGAAUGUUUAGGUGAAUCACAAGGCAGACUUUUCUUGGCUCGUGAUUCAAAGCGUGGUGCGCGUGAUGAUUUUCUCAACGGAUUUCACAGUAGGUAUGGAUGGGAAGUCGAGGUGCCCGAUUCUGGCUCGAAAUGGAACGCCCUUUGGUCUCAACAUCAAGAGAAAAUGAUUAGGAAGACAAACGUCAGAUAUGAGCUCGGUACAUCGGACGGCACUGGGACAAGACCUGCUGGUCGAAUUGUAGCAGAGUAUAUUCUAGGAGAUGAGGAUGAGCAACGAUGGCGUCCUAUCGCUCAUCCAAACGUCCCCUCGUUCAACGAGCUGACCAAACAAGACUCCGGUACGGACAGACCUCCCGGAAAGCGUUUGAAUGCUAGAAACUUCCUAUCUAAAGUUUUACCUUUGGCCACUGCCAUGACGCAGAUCUCAGAGGCCCGAAGCGCUCUUAAAGACGAUGAACAGGGCCUAGCCGAAUUGAAGAGGGUUGAAAUUGCCUGCAAAGAGAUCAAGAAUACUCUUCCAGAAGCUAUCACCUCAAAUAUGCAGGCGUUAUACGACCGUGAGGUAUCCCAAUGGAAUAAGUCAUUCAGAGAUUCCGAAAUGAUAGCUCAACGAGUGAUCCCUUAUCAAGGUGAAAUCAUCAGUCGAUGGAUGGACCGAGUGCAGACCUCAUUGUGGCACCAUGAUUGUCUCGAGAGAGCCCGAUUGACAUCGUUGACCGCCCAUCUGCGAGCGGAUACAGACCAAUCACCAGCAGCCCUAGAUGUGCAGCACAAGCUAGAAGAGGAGCUCGACAAGCUGAAUGGGGAGAACCAGCGUUUCCUGAUUGACUUCGAUGAGACAUUUGGCCCCGAAACCCGAAUUCCGAUAACUGGCGAAGAGUGGCAAAGACUCUGCACCAAGUUCCCUGCUGCUUCGGGUGGCGCAGAAACAGUUUUUGAUGCUAAUCAAGCAAGCGAUUACUCGAGUUACACAAGGAGGAAUACAGCUAGUGGGCCUCAAGGAUUCUGCAAAAUCCCGCACAAAUAUUUGGUUCUCUGGGGUAAAACCUGA